UGAGUGUUCUUAUUUCAUCUCUCUCUAAAAACUUGAUCGCUCAUGUUAUGGAGGCAACUACAUCUCAUCAGAUCUGGACCAUCCUUGAAGAUCUCUUUGAUGCCAAGUCUUAAGUUCGAGUGAUGCAUGUGCAAUAUCAGUUGGUUACUCUCAAAAAGGGCUUCGAUUCUGUUGCUGAUUAUUUCCAAAAGGCAAAUUUACUUCGUGAUACACUCUCUACAGCUAUGUUGCGAGGGUUAGGGUUUAAGAAUAGAAUCGAUAAUUAGGAAAAGCGGGUUCUAAAACCCUGAAAACUGAAGAAUGGAGUUGCAAUUUGGUUCUUGUUGGCUUCGCUCCCCGAAGAUGAGAUUGUCCAACAAUCCCUUCUUCUCUCACCAAAUUGCUUGUGCAAGCAAAGACGGAUGGAGAGACCGAAGGUGUCGGUAUGUGGGUGCAUCUAGGGUGCACUGGAUGGUUGGUUUCAAGAUGGAACAGAAAGAGUCUUUAGUGGGCGGUUUGAACAGAGUUGUGUUUGCCUCAAAUUCUAAUCAGGAAGCGAAAUUGAAGUCAACGGGAAGGGAAAUUGCUAGCAUACCUGUCAGGAAGUUUGAUGAGGUGGAACCAUUUCAUGGUAAAUCAGGUUCAGUAUCGUUUCACGGCUUGACUUAUCAGUCGAUGGAAGAAGGUAAAUUGGUGUCAGCCCCAUUCAAAGAAGGCAUGAGCUCACUGCUUUGGAUUUUGGCUCCUGUUGCAUUGAUAUCAUCAUUAGUGCUUCCCCCUUUUUUCCUAGGCAAUGCUGUUGAUGCUGUUCUUAAGGAUGAGGUUAUUGCAGAAAUUUUUGCUUCCUUUUCUUCUGAGAUGAUGUUUUACAUUGGUCUGGCUGCAUUCUUGCUUGUGACCGAACAUGUCCAAAGGCCGUAUCUGGAGUUUAGCGCAAAGAGGUGGGGUCUUAUCACAGGUCUCAAGGGAUACUUGACUUCUGCCUUUCUCACCAUGGGCUUAAAGGUUUUCGCACCUCUUUUUGCUGUCUUUGUGACGUGGCCUGUGCUUGGCUUGCCAGCCUUGGUUGCAGUGGCGCCUUUUCUUGUUGGCUGUGCCACCCAGUUUGCAUUUGAGACAUUCCUUGACAAGCAUGGCUCAUCUUGUUGGCCUUUAGUGCCCAUUAUUUUUGAGGUCUACAGGCUAUAUCAGUUGAGCAAAGCCACCCAUUUUAUAGAGAGGUUGUUGUUUGCAAUGAAGGGGGCUCCUAUAACUCCUGAACUUCUGGACCGAAAUGGUGCCUUGGUUGCCAUGGUGGUUACUUUCCAAGCUCUUGGUGUGAUUUGCCUCUGGUCAUUGAUGACAUUUCUUAUGAGGCUCUUUCCUUCUAGGCCUGUUGCAGAGAAGUACUGAUUUUUUAUAUACUUCGAGAGAUUGGUCUACCGGAAUCGCUAGGGUGGUGAGAAUAAGCAAAAUGAGAUACUGCCUACGUCAGGGAGAAGAUCCUAGAAGACAUCAAAGUUAAAACAAAAAUAAUUAAAUGAAAGGAAAUCUAAAAUUUUGCUAUAUAAAGUUUCAGACAAAAUGGAGUGUCUACAAGAUCUACAUCAAAUCUAAGAGCAAGUCAAUGUGUCUUGUCGAUAUGAAUGCCUAUUAGUUUUGACAAAAGAGUCGUUGGUUACAAUCAUAUCAUCAUUCCUUAUCUUAAAACAACAAUUUAUCUUUUGGAGGAUUCAAACCAUGAUCCCAAA